AUGCCCCGAGAUCCAUUAAUUGCACUCGUCGGAAAACCGUCUUCCGGCAAGUCUUCGACCUUAAAUUCACUCACCGACGCGUCCAGUAAAGUCGGGAACUAUCCCUUCACGACCAUCGAUCCACAACGCGCUAUCGGAUACCUACAGAUAGACUGCGCUUGCGCUCGAUACGAAGUUUCAGACCGGUGUAAACCAAACUACGGCUGGUGUACAAAUGGCAAAAGAUCUGUUCCAAUCGAAUUGCUUGAUGUUGCCGGGUUAGUACCGGGUGCGCAUCAGGGCCGAGGACUAGGAAAUAAGUUCUUAGACGAUCUACGACAUGCAGACUGCUUGGUGCACGUUGUUGAUGUUAGUGGAACCACGGAUGCUGAGGGAAAGAACACGAGGGGCUAUGACCCGAGUUAUGAUAUCGUUUGGCUCCGGGAUGAAAUCAUGAGAUGGAUAUUGGGAAAUCUCAUGGAGAAAUGGGAGAGCAUAAAACGACGUCAUAUAGCAACUAAAUCAACAGCAGUUUCAACCCUUCAGAACCAAUUCUCAGGUUACAGCAGUAACGCAGCCACUGUACAAAGAACUUUGGACCGUUUAUCACUAAAAACCCCUCUUGAAACCUGGGAUAACUUAACAGUAGAGGCAGUUGUGAACGCCUUUAUUGACGAAAAGUUCCCGACAGUAUUUGCACUCAACAAGAUUGACCACUCGGAUGCCGACAAGAACAUUGCUAAGAUAGCGAAGAAAUACCCUAACAACCCUAUGGUCCUCACUUCAGCCAUAUCGGAAAUAUUCCUUCGUCGACUGGCGAAGCAAAACUACAUUAGAUAUACACCUGGAGCAGAGUACAUAGAUACACGGCAGGAUCUUAUUGAUGAUGGCGACCCCGAAGGAGGAGGCCUAAAAGAGAUGGAUGAGAAACUCGCUAAUCGUGUUGAGAAUCUCAAAGACUUGGUACUGUAUAGACACGGAAGCACUGGGGUAGUAGAUGUUUUGAAAAGGGCAGCGGGUGUUUUGGGGUUAAUACCAGUAUGGCCAGUGAGGAAUAUACAUACAUUCGGGAAUUCCGAUGGCAAUGAGGUGUUCAAGGACUGUGUUUUAAUGAACAGAGGCUCUACGGUCGCAGAUGUGGCGAAGAAGAUCAUGGGCGACGCACCGAUAGCAUACGCGGAGACUGCGGGCGGGAUCAAAGUAUCUGAAGAGGACUUAAUAGAAUCUGGAAAAAAUGAUAUUUUAUCGUUUAAAGUCGGGCGAGCUUGA